CGUCGGUCUGAGUCUUCAGCGCUGGCAAGGGAUAAUAAACUGCCUUUCCGCAGCAAUACGUGGUGAAAGGAAGAGCCCGCAACAGAGUGGACUUUCACAGAAGAUUUGGGUGUUUUGAAUGCAGGGUCUUCCCUGAUUGGUCGUGAGGUUCUAAGUGGGUAAAGCUGCUACUGUGGCAUUACUGACCAUUGGAUGUGAAAAGUGGCAGCAGGGUCGCACUGAAGAAAGAAGCCUUUGGAUCCAUCCAAAAUAUCCUAAACACAGAGGGGAGUUCAAAUUUCACCUUGAAUUCUGAUUUAUAAGAGUGAAAAGAUCCAAAGACUGACGGAUUGAAAGCAUUGUUCGGCAGUUCAAAAGGAGAGCAGGCAAGAAGUCAAAGACCAUGAGUUACAGCUGUGGCAAGCGACACUAUAACCCUAUAACACGGACCACGUAAAAUGGAGACUAUGUUUGGCAUUAUGGUUCCUGAACAGCUGUGACUGCCCUCAAGACACGUUUUUCCCAGAACCUGUGUCUUUGUAAUCCUAUUGGCCGUCCAUCUCCCGUGAUCAUUUUUCUUAUUUUGAGCCCUAACCUCGUUCGUUUCCCUCCUUGAUCAAAACAAAUCCAGUUUUUGGUCCAAAAAUGGCCUGCAGGUUCAGCUUACCUUGUGCAUUUCCACCCUCCUUUCUCAUCCUCUCUCUCCCUAUUUUCCUCUUCCUCCAUGCACCUUCAUUCGUGAGGAGUGACUGCUGGCUAAUUGAGGGGGAUAAAGGCUACGUGUGGCUGGCAAUCUGCAGUCAGAACCAGCCUCCAUAUGAGACAAUCCCACAGCACAUUAACAACACCGUCCAUGACUUACGGCUGAAUGAAAACAAGCUCAAGGCAAUUUUCUUCAGCUCCCUCAGCCGAUUUACCAACCUUACCGACCUCAACCUCACUAAGAAUGAAAUCUCCUACAUUGAGGACGGUGCCUUCGCAGGACAGGCCAAUCUACAGGUCUUGCAGUUGGGAUAUAACAAGUUAACCAAUCUCACCGAGGGCAUGCUGCGAGGGUUGGGUCGAAUGCAGUGCCUAUAUCUGCAGCAUAACCUUAUAGAGGUAAUUGCAAUCAAUGCCUUCUGGGAGUGCCCAAGCCUUAGCAGUCUCGAUCUUUCCUCUAACAAAUUAGCAAAGCUGGAUUCAUCCACCUUCACCGUUUUGGGUGGGCGGCUGAUAGUGUGCGAACUGGCUGGAAAUCCUUUUCAUUGUGGCUGUGACUUGUACAGCUUCCUUAUUUGGUUGGAGGCAUUUGACAAUGUCACUCACACCUAUGACAGGCUCCUGUGUGAGACACCAAAGGAACUUUUUGGCUACCCUCUCCUGAGUCCUAGAGGUAAUCAUGGAAGAAAUGCUCGUUCCAUCCUGGCAUCCAUGUGUAAAGAUGGAGUGAUUGUUACUGGCAUAACUGCCCUGCCUCCUGACUUGGACUCUUCUGGGAUGGGGGUGGACAUUUAUGAUCAGAUGGGACCUUAUCACCAGCCCACAGCUUCAUCAACAACAGACCCCACUUAUAGUCCCACUAUUAAGUUGCAAACGGUCUCCCUCUCCACCGCAUCCCUCUUGGUUCAAAUACCCAAGCCCUACAGUAAGAUGUACAUCUUAGUGCAGUACAACCACACCUACGUGUCAGAUGUUACAAACUUAAAGAACAAGAAAGAGAUUGUCACACUAAACAACCUAAAGCCCCACACAAAUUACACAUUUUGUGUUGCCUCCAUUCGCAAUUCACAGCGAUACAAUCACACUUGUCUGUAUUUUGCAACUCGGGCUCCAGGGCCUGAUGACUUGAAAGCAACCCCUUCUACCACCACCCAUUACAUUAUGACCAUUCUAGGCUGCCUGUUUGGGAUGGUCAUUGUGUUGGGCUUGGUGUAUUACUGCUUACGCAGGCGUCGAAUGCAGGAGGAGAAAGAAAAGGCAAUUAGUGUUAAGAAAACUAUUUUAGAGAUGCGCUAUGGGCCAGAAGUAGCUGCUGCAGCAGCUAAGGAUCCUUCAGCCUUGCAGAAACUCCAUGACCAGUCCCAUCAUCAACACCACCACAGCAAGCUGACCCAGUCAGCAUCCUCCAGCUUGGGCAUCCUUCACGGCUCAGCCAACACCACCUCUUCUCGACUUUCUUCCCUGCCUCAAGUGGAGAAGAUGGCUACAGCUUUCUCAGAAGCCAUGGCCGCCAAUAAGGGCAACUACAUGGAUGUACGAACGUCAGCAGGAGGAGAGGAUCGAAUGAGAGAUGGAGUAGUAACAGGGUCAAGGGAAGAAAUCACAAGAAAUGAAAAUGGGAUUAAUGGAGGAGAUGACUCUGAUGAUGAUGGCCGAGAUUCAACAUCCGAGAUCUCCACCAUUGCCAAGGAGGUGGACAAGGUAAACCAGAUUAUCAAUAACUGCAUUGAUGCACUCAAACUAGACUCUGUAGCUGUUGUGGCAGCAGCUGCGGCCACUGCAACUACAGCAGAUAACACUGCCUCUCCACCACCUCCUAGUGUCUCUUCCUUAGCCAGGGGGCUAAUUCCACUUUCCCCUACCAUCACAGAGGCAUGCCAGAUCAUGUCGUCCCCUAAAAUCCGUCCUCCACCUCCUGUUCCUCUUGUUUUGCCCCUUUCUGAGCGGCCCGGCAUCAGCGGAGGGGGCUUUCUCUCCCCUCCCUACAGGGACCCACCCCCAGCUACAGCAUCACGGCCCUUGCAGAGGCAACUCAGUGCGGAUGCUGCAGUUGUUCCUAUCAACUCUGUUAAAAACCGCUGCAAUGUUUCUUCCGGUGGCUCUGUCAAAAGUGCUCGGGUCUUCAGUCUGGACGUCCCUGACCCUCGAAGCCCAGAGUCAUGCAAGUACCCUGGGAAAGGCAGCCCUAUUCGGUGCGGGGAGCCAGUAGAGAGGUUGCCCUUAAUAGGUGUUCAGGGAGUCAGUAAUGGCAGAGGAGAUGGUGGCAGCGGGGGUGGAGGGGGAGCCGGUGGUGGCAGUGGUGGUUCGGGUGGGUGUGGUGUUGUGGUCGGAGGUGGGGGCAGCACAACUCAGCAGCACCACUUGGAGGUGCACCCAGACUACCACUGCUCAGAGCACCGACACUCCUUCCCCGCCCUCUACUAUGAGGGUGCCACUGACUCCCCUGCCCAGAAAGCCUCCUUUCUAAAGCCUCUCACUCGCACCAAGAAGGACACUGCCUACUCCCAGCUUUCUCCCCGCCACCACAAUUACUCAGGGUAUUCCUCCAGCCCUGAGUACUCCUCUGAGAGCACUCUUAAAAUCUGGGAGCGCUUCCGGCCCUACAAGAAAAGCCCCCGUGAGGAGGCCUACAUAGCCGCUGGCCAUGCUCUCCGAAAGAAAGUGCAGUUUGCAAAGGAUGAGGAUCUCCAUGACAUUCUGGACUACUGGAAGGGAGUGUCAGCACAGCAGAAACUGUGA